AUGUUUCUGAAGGGAAUCGGAGACUAUUUUACCAGACUCUUUAGAAGAAAUCCUUUCAGGCAAACUAGUUAUGAUACCAGGGUGGAUGAUAUCGACAGGAUAGAUGGUAUGAUGGGUAUCUAUAGAGUCCCCGGCCCGCCAUACAAUUACGAUAUUCAAGCCGUGAUGAAUUUAACAAGUGGAGGAUAUAAUUCUCAACCAAGUUCAACAGCUCCCACCAUCACCUACCCUCCACAACAACAACAACCAACAGCAACAUUUGAUCAACUUCUUUACCGUCCAACUCAACCAAAUAUUAUCCCCCUCAACAAAAAUAGAAAAUAUCAAAGACGACCAACCCAGAAAAGCUGGACGGCGGACACUUUUAGGUAUGCGGACUCCAAUGGGAACCCUGAUUUUACAACGAUGGAUAAAAUGUUCGCAGGUCCCGAAACUGAUGUUAUUGAUCGACCGAUAAAAUUCGAAUACGACCCCAGGGAACCUGCGACACGUGCCCCGUAUGUUUUUAAACUUGAGGAACCUGGGAAUAGUUUAAACCUCAAGGAUCCAUCAGACAACUGGAGGAAAAGACAAAGGGUGAAGGAUAGUUCCAAGAUGGCAGGAAGUAGAGGAUCUGGAACACAAUCAGCUGGUUGGACCAGCUAUCCAUCAAUAGGGGAAGUAAAUCCGCAAUCUUCUUGGCAGGAAAUCCCCGAAAGUGAAUUGUAUGAAGAGUACGAACAGUACGACCAGUACGACUGGAACCCCUAUGGAAAACAAAGGAAAGUGAAACAUCUGAACCAAGAUAAAAGACAUCGACUGAGAGAACAAAACGUUCCCCAGAACCAAACCCCAAGACGGGUUAAAAAACAAGUAGUUCGCGGAAAAGAAAAAAAACGCUGGAAUGGCAUUCUUGGCAUUUUUGGCAUUUGAUCCCAUAAAAAUGUAAUCAAAUUUCAAGAUUUUAUAUCUCAGCAAUCACAAAAAAAUAUGUAUCAAUACAAUCAUGUAAAACUUAAAACACUGGUGAUGCAUAA